AGACCUCGCUUGAAACGGUUGCCUCCUCACGCCGCCUUCUACAAAACCAAAACAACAACAAUUCAAACGUCAACAAACAUGGCGUACUCGGUGAACGUUGCGAUUGAAGCUCCCAUAGAAAAUCAAAUUCAGGAAAUAGCUUACGAUGGAACUGAAGUUUAUCAACAACCACUCUCUAUGUCAGAGAGCUUAUCAAAGCUUGCUGCAAAAAUUGAUUUUGGAAAAGGCCAGGAUGAAAAGGAGGAAAAAGUUGUCGACAAGACAGAAGAGGAUGCUAAAGAUCCGGCAGCGUACCAAUCUUCAUUGUGGCCCUGGGAUUCUGUUCGGAACAAACUAAAGAAUGCAUUUACAGAGGUUUGUGUUCUGUCUGAUGUCCUAGCAAUUGCUAAAGAGAAGCGAUAUCUUGUGCUGGAUCCAGUACCUCAAGAACCACCAGAAACCAAGGCGAUGGUAACAGUAUAUGCAAGAAAGAAGGCUCUUGGGGGUGCAGCUACAGUUCUUUUAACUGGUGCUGAAAGAUUACGAACUAGUCAAAGCGAGGCUGCUCGUAACCGAGCUGCCUCAGAUUUUCACAUAGAAUUACUGGCUCUACGAAAGAAUUGGAGGCUUAAGAAAGUUGGAAACUCCAUCAUAGGAGACGUCAGCUAUCGUACAGCUGGAUCCAAAUUUGCUUCAAGUGGUAUGUUUGAAGUCACAAAGGCAGAAGAAGAACCGUCUUCUGGCUGGAGUCCACCGCAAUCACCUAGUGCUGUGGCACCUCCACCUAAAACACCAUCAGCUUUGAGAGUAACUCUUCCAAGUGAACUUCAAGGAGUUGCAUACAUAGAAGUCCAUUGCCGUAAAGAUGAUGAAGCAUUAUUUUCUACAACCGUUACAUCAUCUACCUUAAAUACAGCAGGCCCAAUGCCUGAUAUGCAUUGGCAAAAGAAACUUGAAGCUGCUCAAAAUGUUUUAUUUUGUAAAGAACUGUUUAACCAGCUUGCCAAGGAAGCUGUCCAAUUGCCUGGCCCUAUUCCACACAUGGUUGUUGGAAAUCAAAUUGUAGCCUCCAUCUUACCUGGAAUCCAGCUCAUCAUUGGACUUUGCCACAGCACAGCCACCAAGAAUAAAAAGUCAGGACCUCCUCAGCAGAAGAAAUCCGAUCAUGACCAUGUUCUUGAACAUUCCAUUCAUCAAUUACUGAGAGAGGUGCACCAUAAGAACACUCACCAUCCUUUUCCCCAUCCAUCAUCUGGACCCCUUGGCCCAAGUAAACAGCGAUGUUUAGCAGGACCUUCCGCUGUUGAUCGUCAUGAGUUAAUGGAGAUGUCUAAGAGCAAAACCUUACUUGAGCAAAUUAUUGAACAAACUCAACAUUUUACAAUGAGAAGGCGUACAGAGUAUGUGCUAGAUACUAUUGCCAAGGAAGUUAGAGAUCCUCUCAUUAUUUCACAUUGGAAUUCAAUCAACUCCCCAACCAAAGCUUGUGUAAAAGUCAAUAUUAUGACUCAUGGAUAUGACACUAUCUGCCGCACUCUUCUGAUAAUUCAUGUUGGGAAAAAGUCCUUAAAAUGCAUUUGCAGGGACGGCAGUGUCAUGAACAUGUCAUAUGAAAUUCAGGAAUUGCGAGAUCUUCUUAUUUGUCAGAUACAACAACAUCAAAUCACAGCCGUUCAAGCACUUGCAAAGUGUAUGGGCUGGCAGCUUCUUUCUAACAACACACACCUAGGUGUGGGAGAAGUACAACAGAUGGGUAAUGCAAGCAGUUGUAUGCUUGCCUCUCCCAUGGGUGAUCGAUUGAUAGCUGUGCGAUGUGAACCUCAAGCUGGAGUACAUGUCUCAAUCGCUCAUUCACCAAGAAAAGACUUUUACCCGGGUCAACUUGUGAAGGACCGCAAAUGGGAAAAUCUAGGUGGUGGUUUUAAGGAAGUUCGGUGGGACAAGAUGGAAGGAAAAAACUUCUUGAACAAAAUGGAGUUGUUAAUGGCAAGUCUUACUAGUUCUUCAUGAUAUUGGACGUGAGAGUUCCAUUUAAUUAGAUAAAUAUUCCUUUGUUGUCGAAUGUGUGUGGGAGUUCUGGGAAGUUCUUUUACUUAUUUUGUAUUUAUUUCAAUGUUACUGUAAAGUUAGCGAAUAUGUUUUGUAUUAAAACUUGUUAACAGAAAAUAGAAACAAAAAUGGCG